CCGCGGGCUUCGCAUCCGAGCCACUGGGGCCCCUCGUUUUGACGUCUGCGAGGAGGGCGCAUAUAAGAGGAGGCGGGCGGGUAUUGAUGGGAGGAGGGAGGAAAAAGAAAAAGACGGAGAAGAGGAAGAGGAGGAGGAGAAGGAGGUGUGAAGAGGGGAAAGCGGUGUGACGAGCUCGUGCGGCCAAGGGAGCGCCUCGCGUCCACCCACACGUUGCAAGCCGAUCCUCGCUCUCUCGCUCUCGCUCUCUUUCCCGCAUCCCCUCUCCGGCCCUUUCUUCCCCUCAUGGACUCCCCCAGGAGCCUAUAUAAAGCCUGGUCAUGGAGCAGCCCGAGGAGAGCCGGCGGCGCCUGACGGGGAAAGGAGAGUAAAGGCAGGCGGCGAGGCGAGGCCAGGCGAGGCUCCCCUCCGGCGGUUCUUCUCCGCCCAAAAGGGAAGCGAGGGAGCGAGAAAGAGAGAGAGCGAGAGCCCGGACACCUCUCCUUCCAGAGUCAGCAGGGCCGAGGCUCGCCAGGCCUGCCACCCGAUGGGCGGGCGCCUCUUCUGCUCGCCGGCGCUGCUGGCGGUGGCGGCGGUGCUGUCGGCGGGGCUGUGCAAGGAGCGGCCCUCGGACGCGAGCAGCGCGGCGGGGCUCAAGGACCGGCAGAACCUCCUCAACCUCAUCAUGGAGAUCCUGCAGGAGCUGAAGCGCGUCCGCCUCGAGGAGGACGAGGAGAACGGCGUCCAGUACAAGCACGACUACCUCCUGGGGCGCAGGCAGCUCCCCGACUACGCGGCCGACUCCGAGGAGCAGAGAGUCGAAAUAGUUCCAAGAGAUCUGAGAAUGAAAGACAAGUUUUUAAACCAUUUAACAGGACAUCUUUAUUUUGGUCCCAAAUGCACUAAACACUUUCACAGACUUUACCACCAUACAAGAGACUGUACUACGCCUGCAUACUAUAAAAGAUGUGCCAGGCUUCUUACUCGGUUGGCAGUAAGUCCAAUGUGCAUGGAAGGAUAAGAUGCCACUACUAUCAAAGGAAUAGCGCUAAGAGAAGUGCCUUGGAAACCAACAGGGAAAUUAAAAAAAACAUCUUUGUAACAUAUUCCAUUGUGAAGAGAUUUAUUUUUGCAAGUUGAUGGACUACUUCCCCAAAAUCUUUAAACAUGUGUUUUGUAUACUGUCACCGCUGUUUACAGAUACACAUUCCUUAUGGUAGAAUACUACCAAAACAAUAGAAAAUGUUUCACACUUUAAAGCUGCCCUACAAGAGAAGUGUUGUAUUGCCAAAAAGGAAUUUCAGUGAAUAUCAAACUUCUGAGUACAUUUCAUGCAGAGACAUCAUGGGACACUGUCAAGAAAACUUUCCUGUGAAGGUUAUCAAUUAAUAUCUUUUUUUUUUUUUGCUUAUGCAAGUCAAACAGUUUCAUUCCAGCCUUUUUCAUAAAUCUGUUAUGUUGGAUUCAUUGAGUGGAAAACUGUUUGCCAUGUGCAAGAGAAACAUGUUUUAAGUAAAUCUUGGAAUCUGUAUCCACUCUAAAAUGCCAUAUGUUUUCUGUACAGUAGAGGUAUAAACAUUCCAGCUAAAUGUGCAAUAUGUAAAUAAUGUAAAUAACAUACAUAUGGAAUAAAGUGUUUGGUAUAUUA